AACUGUGAUUUCUCUGAAGCGAUUUUCUUUGGUGUGCGGUGGAGGAUAGUAGUGGUAGAGACUUGAAGUUUGAAGUUAAAAAUUAGGGUUUAGUUACGUGUGUCAGUAUUCCUGUAAGCAGUGUAAGUCUUCACUGUUCUGUAUGCGGGUAAUUUUUAUGGUCAUAUAUAUUGUUUGUAGGUUGACCACACUAUAGUAAAACAGCCAGUCGUAAUGGAAGAAUAUGCCCGAGAACCUUGCCCAUGGAGAAUAGUUGACGAUUGUGGUGGUGCGUUCACAAUGGGUUGUUUGGGUGGUGCUGUUUUCCAGAGCAUUAAAGGCUUCCGUAAUGCCCCGUCGGGAAUCUCCCACAGAUUGAUGGGCAGCCUCGCAGCGAUUAAGCAAAGGUCUCCUAUCAUAGCUGGAAACUUUGCCGUAUGGGGAGGCAUGUUCUCAACUAUUGACUGUACACUAGUACACUUCCGACAGAAAGAGGAUCCAUGGAACUCAAUUAUAUCGGGUGCAGCAACAGGUGGAAUCCUGGCGGCUCGAUCAGGCUUGCCAACCAUGGUAGGCAGUGCUGUUGUCGGAGGAGUCCUCCUCGCCCUAAUUGAAGGGAUCGGCAUAAUGGUAACAAGACUCACGGCUGACCAGUUCCGACCUGCCAGUCCAAUAAUGGAAGACCCUGGCCAACUAGGCAGACCACCGAAUGUACAAUAGCAUAAUACGAACAGCCGUUAGUUACCGAAUUCCCUGUUAUGCCAGUGGACAAAUCUUUUGUGAUUCUAUGCGGUGAGCAUAUUUGUAGUGCUCUUCAGAAACUUGGCAUUUUCUGCCUGUGAUUUAGGACCUUUGAGGAUUACUGGCACAUGUUCAGAUCUUUUUUGUAAAUAACUGUAAUGUAUAUAAUUCCAUAAUUUUAUGUACUGUUUUAGUAAUAGAUGAAGGUGAAGCAAUAGUUUUUGAUUUUGAAAUUUGAGAGUUGUUUCAUUUUUUAAUACAACUGUGCACCAUUACUGGUACAGUUUUUUAUUUAACAUAAUGUUAAAAUGUGUUCCUUACUGUACAUCAGUGUCCUGUUACUAGUCAUCAUGUGUGCACAUCUGAUAACAUUCCUUGUCAUUUUUUUUCGGCUCAAAGAAAUAUUAUAAAUUUACUGAUCGUUUCGUGA